UAUUGCACCUCUGCAAGAAAAUGUUGGGCGUACUGCGUAUCCAAGGAGCGGUGGCUUCGGUGGGACAGGCACGCCUCCUGUCCGCCCGCCUGCUGUCCAGCAGGUCCUCCACUGACAUGUCAAAUGCGAGGUGUGAAUCGACCAAAUCGCCGGCCAGCGAGCACUUUGAUAUUAUCAUUGGAGGCGGAGGUCUGGUGGGAACCACUUUGGCCGCCGCUCUGGCCAAGAACACCACAUUGGCGGACAAGAGGGUGUUGUUGCUGGAAGGCGCUCCGGAGUUCCGUGGAUUUGAUCCUUCAGGCCCGUACCAAAAUCGAGUAUCCGCCAUUAACCACAACUCUAUCGAGCUGUUCAAGUCCAUAGAUGCCUGGUCGCACAUCGAGUCCGCUCGCUACAAGCCCGUCAAGCAGAUGCAGGUGUGGGAGUCCAACACGGAUGCCCUGAUCCAGUUCCAGCACGAUAACUUUGCCAGCGAUGUGGCCUGCAUCAUUGAGAACGAUCUGAUCCUGGACGCCGUAUAUGCGCGGGUGAAGGAGGCUCCUAAUGUGGAGAUACUGAACAAGGCUAGAGUCGAAUGCGUCCGCUUGCCCAGAGACUCCGCCUCCAAUCUCUCCGAGCUACAGCUACAGGAUGGUCGCUCCUUUUCCUGCGAUCUGCUCAUUGGAGCCGAUGGCGCCAACUCUGUUGUCAGGAAGGAGAUGAACGUUGAUGUAUUCUCGUUAAACUACGACAGAAUGGGCCUGGUGGCCACUUUGGAGCUGGGUGAAGAUGCUUGUGACAACUCCGUGGCCUGGCAGCGCUUCCUGCCCAAUGGACCAGUGGCUUUGCUGCCGCUAACUGAUAGACUGAGUUCCCUGGUCUGGAGCACCACCAAUGAGCAGGCCAAGAAGUUGCAAGCCCUUCCGCCGGCUGAGUUUGUAGAUGCCCUCAACGAAGCCUUUUGCAGGCAGUAUCCUCGCGUGGAGCUAGCGGACAAGGCAGUCCAGGCGCUGAACUCUCUCUUUGGACACAAUGCCAGCCAGCAUCAGGUGCAAUAUCCUCCCAGAGUGUGUGGCGUCAAGGACAAGUCUCGUGCCACUUUUCCACUGGGAUUCCUGCACGCCUCCUCGUACGUAUGCAAUGGAGCAGCUCUUGUUGGCGACGCCGCCCAUCGAGUGCAUCCCCUCGCCGGACAGGGCGUCAAUCUGGGCUUCAGCGAUGUGAGGUAUCUGGUGGAAUCCCUGGCAGCUGGAGCCUACGCAGGAUUUAAGCUGGGCGAAAAGCAGCCCCUCAUCAAGUACGAGCGCAAAUGUCUGGCCAAGAAUGUGCCCAUCAUGCUGGGCGUCCACGGACUGCACACCCUCUACUCCACGCAGUUCAGCCCUGUGGUUUUGCUCCGAAGUCUGGGACUUCAGCUGACGCAGAACAUGCCGCCCAUCAAAAACUUGUUCAUGCGGGGAGCGAUGGGUCAGUAAAUCAACGACAAUAAAUGGUUCAAUCGGGGUAGCCAAAUCUUAAGUGUUUAAAGUUUUUCAAAUCACUUGUGAGUGGAAUAAAGUGCGAGUUUUAAUCAGUUCUUAAAACCUA